UGAUCGACGGCAUCCGCAGCUAGCUACUUGUCUCCACAACCUUUCAGACUUUACGACGACGAAGACGAGCCGUCGGUGUAGAAUACACUAAGAGGAUGAGUCAGAGUGGUCUACGAACGGAGGAGCUCGAUCGUUUCAACUACCCUGAAGGGUUUCCACGAAGACGUGGUAGCUAUGCAUUGGCACACUUCGAGUGUGAAGGCAAGUUGGGGAAGAUGUAUGGCGGGUAUCCUAACUGUGCUUUGGUGAAGCUCUUUGCCAAGCUCGGCCUUCACCGAUACAAUUGGUUAGAGGGGACAAACUUCCAGUUUGGUAGAUUAAAGAGAUUCAACAUGGGUAGUGCUGCAACUGCCUACUUCAUCACUCUGGUUGCACGCCUUCCAACCAGCCAUUUGGAGCAAAUCUUUCAGGUUGUAGUCGAAGAAGAACGCCUCGGUAUUCUAGACUUGACGUGCCGUCAUUCUAGACCUCAUGAAGGGACCGAGAGUUCAAAGAAGGAGAUGCCUUCCUUACGUCCACAUCGCCAGCCAGUGCCUACUUCCUACAAAGACAGAUUGUUUGAUUGGCCCUCCUCAGAUUUUGCUUGGCCCUCCUCUUUCAGUGACACCAAACGGUUUUACUUGUUGAAUGAAUCUGAGUUGCAAUGUGAUUGGAUUUCUUUGUAUGUGGAACUUGCAAUCUGUACUUCCCAUAGGAAAAUCAAAGCUAGGGAUCUCACCAAGUUUCACUUGGAGAUUGUCCAAGUUGCCAUAGAGUCUCUAGAUGAUAAGUCUCUAGAUGAUAAGGAGCCCCCAAGUCUCAUGUCUAGAGCUGCUCUCCUUUACGUCACAUAUAAAGACGUGGUCAAGUCUCUUCGGACCGGUUAGCCUUGUCUCUCCAAAGCUGCUGUGAGACGCGUCUUCAAUGAAUCUAAGGGAAGAUUGAGCAUUCAAGGGGAUUGUUGGGUUGAAGCUGAAACUGGUUUGGCUUUUUCUGAGAUUCCUUCUAAGAAGUCUUCGAAGAAGGGAUCUUUAAAGCUUAAGCGCCGCUUAGGAGUUCAUACGCUAUGGAGGCUGUCUAGUCCUAGGUGGUAUCAGACUUACAAGAACCGUGGCCUCCGCCAGUUGAUUACCAACUCUGUUUAAGACAUUAAGCAUUGUGUGCUUUUGGUCUCUAUUUAAGACAUCGGAUGAAGUAGUAGUAUUUAACUAGUGAUGAUGACUAUCUACUUUGUGCUUUUGGUUUCUCUAUUUAUGCUUUUGGUCUCUCUGUA